AUGGAACAAUCAGGAAGUAAGACCUCUCAUGCCGAAAAGCCUGAGAAAUUCAAAGGCACUGACUUCAAACGUUGGCAACAGAAGAUGUUGUUCUAUCUGACAACAUUAAAUCUAGCCCACAUUCUCAGACAGGAUGCCCCUGUGUCGAAUAAGGAUCCUGCAACCAAAGAGACUGUCGCUGCAAUUGAUGCAUGGACACAAUCUGAUUUUCUGUGCAGGAACUAUAUCUUGAAUGGACUUGAUGAUGCACUGUAUGAUGUCUAUGCAGCAUUCAAGACGGCUAGAGAAGUUUGGGAAUCUCUUGAGAAAAAAUAUAAAACUGAAGAUGCAGGAUCCAAGAAAUUUGUUGUAGGCAGAUUUCUGGAUUUCAAGAUGGUAGAUUCCAAACCUGUUGUCAAACAAGUUGAAAACCUCCAGAAAAUUAUCCAUGAGAUUCUUGCUGAAGGCAUGAAGAUCAAUGAAUCUUUCCAAGUGGCGUCCUUGAUUGAAAAACUCCCACCAAAUUGGAAAGAAUUCAAGAGUUAUUUGAAGCACAAGAGAAAGGAGAUGAGUAUGGAGGAUCUCAUUGUUAGGCUUCGGAUUGAGGAGGAUAACAGAAUAAGUGAGAACAAGAAUGUGGUUUCAAACAUGGAAGCCAAGGCAAACAUAGUUGAAGGAACCUCAGCAAAACCAAAAUUCAAUCCCAAAAUGAACAAGAAGAACUUUGUUCCUGGAGCAAAAGGAAAAGACUUCAAAAAGAUUAAAGGAGCAUGCUGGGUCUGUGGGAAAACAGGCCAUAAGGCUCAAGACUGCAGGCAUAGAAAGAAUCAGAAUCCUGCCAAUCCUGCAAAUCCAAACUACAACAGGCCAAGGAACAAUCAGGCCAAUGUGACUGAAGAAAACUUGGCUGCAGUGGUGUCAGAAACCAACAUGGUUUCGAAUGACAAUGAGUGGCUGAUUGAUACUGGAGCCACCCGCCAUAUCUGUGGUGAUAAGAAUGCAUUUCUUACUUACCAAGAGAUACAUGGUGGUGAACAACUGUUUAUGGGAAAUGCCUCUGCAUCUGCUGUUGUUGGAAAGGGAAAAGUGCUUCUGAAAUUCACCUCUGGAAAGGAACUAACCCUCCUAGAUGUGCUGCAUGUGCCAGACAUAAGAAGGAACUUGGUAUCUGGACCUGUUCUAAGCAACAAAGGAUUCAAACUAGUUUUCGAAUCCAACAAAGUUGUACUAACUAAGGGGGGAAUGUUUGUGGGAAAAGGUUAUCUUGCUGAUGGGUUAUUCAAAGUCAAUGUAUCUGCCAAUUCUAUGAAUAAUAAUAUAAAUAAGGCUUCUGCUUAUAUGGUUGAUUCUUCUUCUACAUUAUGGCAUGCUAGAUUAGGACAUGUGAAUUUCCGUUCCUUACAUAGAAUGUAUAAUUUAGGAUUGCUGCCUAAGUUAGAUUCUAUUGAAAAUAUUAAAUGUGAAACAUGUACAGAAUCUAAAUUUGCCAGAAAAAGUUUUAAAUCUGUACAUAAUAGGUCCAAUGAACUGCUAGGCUUAAUUCAUAGUGAUUUAUGUGAUUUUAAAUCAACACCAAGUCGUGGAGGAAAGCAAUAUUAUGUGACUUUCAUUGAUGAUUGCAGCAAGUACUGUUAUGUAUAUUUAUUACAUAGCAAAGAUGAGACCUUGGAUAUGUUUAAGACAUAUAAGGCUGAAGUUGAAAAUCAACUCAACAGAAAAAUUAAAGUCCUAAGAUCAGAUAGAGGAGGGGAAUAUGAAUCCACUGCAUUUGCUGAAUUUUGUGCCACAAAUGGUAUAAUUCAUCAAACGACAGCUCCUUAUACACCGCAACAAAACGGUGUUGCUGAAAGGAAAAAUAGGACAUUAAAAGACAUGAUAAAUUCUAUGCUGAAUAGUUCUGGGCUUCCACAUAACAUGUGGGGUGAAGCCUUACUUACUGCAAAUACAAUCUUGAAUCGAAUUCCACAUAAAACGAGUAACAAGUCACCAUAUGAAGUAUGGAAAGGAAGGUUACCAACCUAUAAGACACUCAAAGUGUGGGGUUGCCUAGCAAAAGUUCAAGUUCCUUUGCCAAAGAGAACUAAACUUGGACCCAAAACUAUAGAUUGUGUCUUCAUUGGAUUUGCAUCCAAUAGUGCUGCUUAUAGAUUUUUAGUAUUUCACUCUGAUGUUUCUGAUAUACAUGUGAAUACAAUACUAGAAUCUGUGGAUGUAAUAUUCUUUGAGGACAUUUUUCCUUAUAAACAAGGAAGGUCCAAUGUCAAUAGCAAAAGAACUAUUGAUGAUUCUAGAAUAAAUGAGAAUUCUAGAAUAGAUGAUGGUAAUCCUACUUCAUCUAGUGUUCAAGAAAAUGAACAAGAUCAAGAACCUAGAAGAAGUAAAAGGACAAGAAUACCAAAAGAUUUUGGACCAGAUUUCUUGACCAUGAUAGCUGAAGCUGAGCCUCAAACAUAUAAAGAGGCAAUAUCAAGUCCAGAAGCUCCAUUUUGGAAAGAAGCAAUCAAUAGUGAGGUUGAAUCCAUUAUGCAAAAUCAUACAUGGGAAUUGGUUGAUAUACCACCUGGUAAUAGACCAAUUGGAUACAAAUGGAUCUUUAAGAAGAAAUUAAAAGCAGAUGGUACAAUUGAUAAGUAUAAGGCUCGGUUGGUAGCCAAAGGAUACCGUCAAAAGGAAGGCUUAGAUUUCUUUGACACAUACUCACCUGUGACAAGAAUAACAUCAAUAAGGAUGUUGAUUGCUAUAGCGUCAAUUUAUGACAUGGAAAUACAUCAAAUGGAUGUAAAAACCGCUUUCUUAAAUGGAGAGUUGGAUGAGGAAAUAUAUAUGGAACAACCUGAGGGGUUUGUAGUAAAAGGUCAAGAACUAAAGGUUUGCAAACUUGUAAAGUCUCUCUAUGGACUAAAACAAGCUCCAAAGCAAUGGCAUGAAAAAUUUGACCAUACUAUGAUGACACAUGGUUUUAAAAUAAACGAAUGUGAUAAAUGUGUCUAUAUCAAGACACAUAAGAACGCAUGUGUUAUAGUGUGUCUGUAUGUAGAUGACAUGCUCAUAAUUGGGACUAACAAGGACAUAAUUAACUCUACCAAGAAAAUGUUAAACUCCAGUUUUGACAUGAAAGACUUAGGUCUUGCUGAUUUAAUUCUUGGAAUUAGAGUCAAAAGAAAUUCAGAUGGUUAUAUAUUAACACAGUCCCAUUAUGUAGAAACUGUUCUUAGAAAGUUUGGUCAUUUUGGAAGUAAUCAUGUUGUAACACCUUUUGAUGCAAGUUGCAAAUUAAAGAAGAAUGAAGGUGAAUUUAUUUCACAAAAGAAAUAUUCACAAAUCAUUGGUAGUCUUAUGUACAUUAUGAAUUGUACAAGACCUGAUAUAGCCUAUUCCGUGAGUAGACUUAGUAGGUAUACAAGUAAUCCAGGACAUGAUCAUUGGGAAGCAUUGAUUAGAGUUUUGAGAUAUUUAAAUUACACCUUGGAGUAUGGAUUACACUAUACCAAAUAUCCUCCAGUACUAGAAGGAUAUAGUGAUGCCAAUUGGAUUUCUAAUGAUUUAGAAACAAAUUCCACUAGUGGAUAUGUUUUUACACUAGGAGGAGCAUCCAUAUCUUGGAAAUCUAGUAAACAAACUUGCAUAGCCCGAUCAACAAUGGAAUCGGAAUUUGUAGCUUUAGAUAAAGCUGGUGAAGAAGCCGAGUGGCUAAGAAAUUUUUUGGAAGAUAUUCCUAUAUGGCCUAAGCCUGUGACGGCUGUUUGUAUACAUUGUGAUUGUAUGGCUGCUCAAGCAAGAGCCAAAAAUAAUGUAUACAAUGGAAAGUCUAGACAUAUUAGACGAAGGCAUAAUACAAUCAAGCAGUUGCUCUCAAAUGGAAUAAUUUCUAUUGACUACAUAAAGUCAAGACAAAACCUUGCGGAUCCGUUUACAAAAGGCUUGUCAAGAGAGCAAAUCAAAGUAACAUCGAGGGGAAUGGGAUUGAAGCCAAUUCAAUAA